CCAGACUUUAUCUUUGGUUCUAAUUCUGUCGUGAAUAUUGCCAACAGUGUAGGUCUCUCUUUUCCUGAUGUUGAGGACUGGCUUUGUGUUGAAAAUGAGCACCCAAAUUCAACACAGUUGUCCAACGAGUAAAUUUUAGAGAGUGUUGUUGGACAAUCUUAUUUCAAAUAUGAAAGAAGCAGCAAUGACGAAGAUGAAGGCCAAGAUGAGAACAUUUUUUUAAACUCUGAAGCCAUUGAAAGUUUUAAUAAGUGUUUAUUACAGAUGGAAAGACAGAACAAUGCUGACACUAUCCAGAUUAUGCAGCUUUGAAGAAUGAUGGAACUCUCAAUGCACACACAAUGUUCUUCUUUGAGACAAACUGACUUCAACAUUUUAGGCUGAUGUUAAAACAUUUUUCAUUAAUUUAAAUUUUUUAAUACACACCUGUAGAGAUAUUCACAAUGGAUAGUGAAGGUAUAGACCAUAUAUUUUUCAAACCAAUUUGUAAAUGUUUUGUUUCAUGAUUAAAUGAUGCUUUCUUAAUUUAAUCAGUGUUUAUCCCUCAUUAAUAUUCAUAUUCUCGAUUAUCUGGACUUUUUCGUCAAGUCCCUAUAUAUCUCCUAGGGAGAUAAACAGUUAUAUAUAAAGAUGCUUUAUGACCACAGAGCCUGCAAUUUAUUACAAUCAAACUUUGAUUAUCUAGACCUCUAUCAUCUGGAUUUUUCAAAUAUCCAGACUUGUUUCUCUGAUCCAAUUUUAUAUGAAUAUUAAUACAUCACAUUUGAGAUUGAAACAAAUUUUUUUUAUAUCAAAGAACAUGGGAUUAAACUCCCAUUGGAACUGAAUUUAUUCCACUUUUCGAAGCUGUCAAAUGUUUUUUUUAAUGUUUUAAUAAGCAUUUGACAUGGCAGGAAAAACAAAACAAACUGAUUUUCACCAACAUUUUCAGUUGCUGAAAAAUGUUUUGGUCAGCUUUAAUAACUUUUUGUAAACACUUUUGGCAAAUGUUAGCAGUUUAUACACGAUAAUUUGAGAUUUGCUUUAAUUCUUCAUAAUAUUGCUAAGUAAUCUCUUUUGAGUGAUGCAUUUUAUUCUUGGCUCAUUAAACUUCAUAGUUAGAUUAUCCUGACUCUGGACUAUCCAAUGUGGAUAUUUGAGGUUCAAUUGUGACUAAAAAUGGAAAAAACCUUUGAAAAGUGUUUAGUUUGAACUUUCAUUGGUGCAAAAUAAAAUAAAAAAGACAGGAGAAGAACAGAGGAAGGCAUCUGCAGCUUGUCAGAUCCUGUCUUUUUUGUUUACAAAUUUUAUUGUGAGUUAUUAUAAAUCAAAUGAUAACUCCUAUUUGUUCUUUUAGGAGUAGUGCUGUUUUCGUGCCCAACAGAGAGAGGAUUCAAAUUCGUUAUACUGAUUACAUAAAUGUCAAUGAUAUGUGACAUUUCCUAUUAGUUGCUUUUUUGAGAAAUGCAGGGUUUUUAUAGAGAAAAAAAGUUAAAAUUUAUAAUCUGGCUAAAAUAUUGGUAGCACUUUCCAAUUAAAACUGAUGAUUGUUACCAGCUAUGAACAAUUCAGAUGGGAUGUUGAGUUAAUACCAACAUAAAAAUAACUACACCCACACUCCAGACAAACUGGCUGGAAAUUAUGCAAAUUAAAUAACAACACAAAAAGGUUUGUUAUAGCAAAAAAAAAAAAACCGCAUCAAAAAAACAUCUCAUGAGCCAGAGAAAAAAUUAGCCCCUCAAGUAAACAGCAAAUACCGAAUGUUUGGUGAGUUUAGUUUCCAAGUAUUUUUACAAAAGCUAAAUAAUUUAAUUUAAUCAGCACAAUUUGUGACCUUCCAGAAAAAUCCAGUUUAAUUCCAUGAAAGUAGUGUUUUCCAAACAAUAUAGCUCUGGUUCAUUGCCAAACAAAGUUUAUGUUGGCAAGGAUGGAAAAAUUCCCAGAAGGUAAGAUUACCAAAUGAACAGUCAAAAACACAACUCACAAAUGACCACUAAUAAAUGAUACAAAUUUAGGAUCAAUUUACAUAUCAUUGCAAAAGUGCAAGAUAAAAUUAACAAGAAUGCCUCUAACAUUGAUUUUGGGAGAAAAACGAAUUAAAUUCUACCUGAGAGAUAUUUCUUAGUAUUAUUUGAGGGGUUCCACUAGCUGAAAGGUCACCACAACCACCUACUAGAGAUAAAAUUAACUUUAUUAAUUAAGGGUAAAAAUGUUCUGGACUUUGAUAAUCAACCGCUUAGUACAGGGUGGCCACUUAAUAUAGUGCUGGUUGAUAUAGUUUUGACUGUACACCUUUCUUUGACAAAAUAUGCGAGACACUCUGAAGAUGUUAGUAUAAUUUUGUGAUCUUAAUUUUUGAAAAGGAGAAAUUCAAACCUGAGUUUGGUAGAUUAUAGCAACAAAAUGAAAAUGGCAAGUUUGUAAUUUUUCCCUCUCUAUAUUUGCAAGUAAUACUUCAAAUAUAUUUGAAGGCUUUGGUGCAAAAGGGCAUGCACUCAUAUUUUCAUUGUUUGCUGUUACAAGCUAAUUUUUAUCAAACUAAAGUAUUUUGACAUAAAAAGCAUUUUUCCUUCACUGUCAAGGCUGAUUUUAAAAGGAACCACCUCACAAAAAAACAGAAUUUCUGGAUAAAUGUUACAUUAUAAAUAAUGAAGCACAUAUCAUCCCUGAAAAUACUGAAGGACCUGUUAUGACAGGUUUGAUCUGUUGUAAGUAGUUCCAUGCAGUGCAAUUUCUGGACUAAACACUAGAUCCCAGUUAAAUGCCAGCCUCAUAUCAAUGAUGGAGCAAAUUAAAACCUCCCAUUCAGAAAUAAAACUGUGCAAGCAUUUAAUUGAGGCCCCAGGAUUGGGUCAAGAUCCCAGCCUUUAUUUGAUGCUAAGCUAACAGGUAAUUUCACUUAUAGAAAAGCACAGUUACUGAUUCCAUAUGUGUGAUUGUUUAAUUGAAAGUAACAGCACUUGCAAAGGGGUAAAUGAGAGUUUGCUGGAACUGGAUGCAAUAAAAAAUGUAGACAUUUUGUCCACCUAACCCUAGGUCUCAGAUGAUGGAGAGUAAAAAAAUCAUCUAAAAAAAUUGCACUUGAUUGAUAAACACCACACCCUAGUUAAAUACUUGCAUCAUACAAGCACUAGGCUCACCAGCCAAGUUGGAAAUAAACACCUCAGGGAUUUCACUGAUAAAUUAUGGAAAAUUAUAUUCCUUAAUACUUACGGCACCAAUGUAGGUAGACCAAAUUCAAAUUGAGCCACCUAAACAAAUUCUUUUUUAUGAGCCACAGUGGUAACAAAAGAAGCUGAACACAGUUGAUGAUUACACCACUAGCUAAGAAGACAGUAACCAGCCACAACCAUAUCAGAGGAAAUUUCUUUAUACUGUGUUUAGGUGCCAUCGUACUUAUAAACCAGUUAAAACUCCUUUCCCAGUUCUAUCCUAAAAAAAGAAAAAAAGAUUUACAAAACUUGACAAAAACAUUGUUUCAUUCUCUCUCAGAUCUUUAAUCCUACAAACUCUAAGAGUGACCAGGAACUAAUUUCUCCUGACAGCAACAUUGUUGAAUCAUUCAUUAAGAUCAUGAGAACAGAGGAAAUGACGACCAUGUUUGAGAAGUACAAUGAAAGAACACUACUCUCUCACUUAUUGGAAACCUGAUCUAAAUAUUACGUCAGUUUUUUUCUACCUCUCUGGUUGGAUACAUGUUAGGUGUGAAAGAUUCCAUGCCACAGGCUCUACCUUCAUGCAUAAAUUUCAGAUUUGCAAACUUGUUGUGUUAGCUGUAUUGCCUGCUACAUUGUUGAGAUCACUUGCCACAUUUGUACACCCAUCUGUGAGCAACUCAUGUCAGAAAAGGCUGUUCACAUUUAUAGGCAUGUCCUAACUUAUAUUCUGCAGAAUCUUUCAUGAUUUUGGAUACUGCUGCCUCAAUUGUUUGAAUUACAAUAAAAGGCCUUAAAUAACUAAUUGGAGAGAUCAACUCUAAAUCAACAGUUAAAACAACAGGAUUGAUCCUUUACUUUCAAUUGUUUUUUGAUUAUCUUGAUUUUUUUUGGACAGUUAUCAUAACUGUGGAUAGUUUGUUUUGUUGUUCUCUUGCUUACUUUGAUUUCUUAUAUUACCACUGCUCUUCUGUGCUUCUGUUGUAUUUUAUUCAAAUUGUUUAUGAAUUGGUUUACUGCAAUCUUUUAAAGUUAGGUGAUUUCAUGAAGUAUUUGUGAAGUGGGAAUUCCAAUUGAACAACAAACAUUUGCUACUGAAGAUGACAUGAAGACAUCAAAACUUCUUUAGCAGACUAAAAAUGUUGUCACUCUGUUCAUUUUCCCACAGUGUUGAUAUUUUUAACUCGUCAUAAAGACAUUACUAAUUUUUCAGCUUCCCCUUGACUAGGUGACCGCCAGUGGAAAGCAUUUUAACUGUGGUUGGGUUAAAAAACCACAAAAGUCAUAUGUAAUCGAUGAAACGUGUCUACUUGCAAGGAAAAACAGGAAGUGUGUCUCACUUUCUCAAAGUGAACAUUGUUUUACCAUAAUUCAGCCAUGUAGAGAUUUGAAUUGUUUUGGCCAAAAAAUUAAUUACCAUAUGUCCCCUCCCAUAGAUUGAGUGCUCAUACAUAUCAAAAAUUGUCUUGGAAACAAACAUUUUUGUACCAGAUAUGGAAACAUGAUCAUCGGGCUCUCUCGCAGCCAAAAUAUUACUUAACAAAGGAAUAGAGGUUUGUGCUAAUGUCUACCAUAAUUUCCUGUAAGGUGUUGCAGAUAUAAUCAUCUCACCCCUAUAAUGGACUUUUAAAAUACACCUAAAAACCACUGAAGACAGAUUUUUAUUUUGCUGAGAACAUCCCCUAGGGUGACUGUCUAAAAUAAAUCCUGAAAUAAAUUCAAGUCUCUGAUCUAUUUGACAAUGUAAUAUAUCUCUGUCAAUUAAAGAUGGCCCAGGAGGGAACCCUCAGGUAAUUGUGGAUGCGUCACAUGGAAAGACAUAA